UUCUUUGCUGUCUUUACCUUCUCUUCCCCUCCCUCCGGCCUGCACCCACCAACCCAACCUUCCGUACAACCUAAGAUCCCAAAAAUACCCUUAUCCUUUCUAAAAAAAUCCCCCAAUCUUCGCUCCAAAUCCCGAUUCCCACCCUCACCUCUCCAAAAUCCUCCCAAUUUCUCAAAACCCCCAAAACCCUUUCCUCCAAAUUCCUCCAAAUUAGGGUUAGGGUUUUGAGAUUCUGAUCUUUACAGGAAUUUAUUUUUGUAAUUUGAAUUUUGCCGAUGGCGGUCGUGUUGGAAGACUUAAUUCAUUCGAUUGAGAUAUGGUUGAAGCUGAUCAAGAAGGAGCAGACUUUUGUAAACCCUAAUCUCGAUCCGGUCCUCCUCGUCCCGGGAAUAGCUGGAUCGAUACUGAAAGCCGUUGAUGAUGCUAACGGCAGCGAAGAGCGGGUGUGGGUUCGGAUUCUCAGCGCUGAUCGUGAAUUCUGUACGAAGCUCUGGUCCCGGUUCGAUCCUGAGACUGGUAAAACCGUGUCGUUGGAUCCAAAAACAAGAAUAGUUGUUCCUGAUGACAGAUAUGGGCUUUAUGCGAUAGAUUGCCUGGACCCUGAUUUGAUCAUUGGACGUGAUUCUGCAGAAUAUUUCCAUGAUAUGAUAGAGGAGAUGAUUAAAUGGGGUUUCCAAGAGGGUAAAACACUAUUCGGAUUUGGCUACGAUUUCCGCCAGAGUAACAGGUUUCAGGAAACGUUGGAUAGCUUUUCUGCAAAGUUGGAGUCAGUGUACACUGCUUCAGGAGGGAAGAAAAUAAAUAUUAUCACUCACUCUAUGGGGGGUCUGCUGGUGAAAUGCUUCAUGGGUCUACAUAGUGAUGUUUUUGAGAAGUAUGUGAAGAGCUGGAUUGCAAUUGCUGCACCAUUUCGGGGUGCACCUGGGUAUAUUACAACCAGUCUCUUGAAUGGAAUGUCUUUUGUGGAUGGAUGGGAGCAGAGCUUUUUCGUUUCCAAAUGGAGCAUGCACAAGCUGUUGAUUGAAUGCCCAUCAAUAUAUGAGUUGAUGGGAAGCCCCAAUUUUGAUUGGAAUAUCACUCCACUUCUACAAAUAUGGAGAGAGAGACACACUAACGGUGAGAACUCGCGUACUAUGCUAGAGUCAUAUGAACCGGAGGAAGUCAUUUCCAUUAUGAAAGAAGCUCUUGCGAAUAACAAGGUCAAGUGUGAUGGUGUGGAGCUGUCUUUACCACUCAACCUAGAUAUAUUAAAAUGGACCAGUGAAACUGAAAAACUCUUAUCAUCUGCGAAGGUUCCCCCAACAGUUAAAUUUUACAAUAUAUAUGGUACAGCCAAUGAAACGCCUCAUAGUGUCUGCUACGGGAGCGAGGAAACACCUGUUACGGACCUACAACAACUGCUGUCAUUGCAGGCUAAAUACACAUGUGUUGAUGGUGAUGGCACAGUUCCAUUAGAAUCGGCCAAGGCAGAUGGGCUUGAUGCAGAGGCAAGAGUUGGUGUCCCUGGUGAUCACCGAGGUAUAAUCUGCGACCGUCACGUUUUCCGGAUACUCAAGCAUUGGCUGAAGGCUGGGGACUGGGACCCUUUCUACAAUCCCAUAAACGAUUAUGUAAUCCUACCCACUGCAUUUGAGAUUGAGACACACAGAGACCAUGGUCUGCAGGUGACUUCAAUGAAAGAAGAAUGGGAGAUCGUGCCAAGAGACGACGACAAUGGUGACAACAGCGAUCUGGCUGAACAGGUGCCAUUAGUGGGCUCCAUAUCCGCUUCUCAUGUGGGGAAGGACAAGUCUCGUGCAGAGGCCCAUGCUACCAUCAUCCUUCAUCCCAGGAAUGAAGGAAAGCAACACGUCGAAGUUAGAGCAGUGAGUGUGGCCAUGGGCAGCUGACAGGUCCAAAGGCACUGGACCCUCUAA